ACGUGCAGUGCAUGGUUUUCAGUGUUGUGAACCGAAAUCAUUUAUAAUGGAUCAGCCAUGACGCACCCAAAUUUUCAAACUAACGGAGCCAGUUUAGAAGAUUGCCACACUAACUUCUUCGCUUUGACUGAACUAUCCGGCAUAAAAUGGCGUAAGCUGGUGUGGAGCGAGGGCGGCGCUGGCGGCACGCACGGUCACGGGGCGCCCGGCAGCGCCGGCCACGGUCUCGGACCGCCCAACGAGCCGCUCGAUGAUCCGGUGCUGCGCAGCUACGCGCGCUGCCUCGCCGCCGACAUACUGUGCGUGUGGCGGCGUGUCUCGACACCCCGUCCGACCGAUGGGUUCGAACUGGCGCCGCCACCGCCUGCCCAGCCGCCGCCCCUGAGUCUCGCCGCCUCGAAGGAGCUGUGGAUCUUCUGGUACGGCGAGGAACCCGAUCUCGGCGAUCUGGUAGCACCCGAACUCAACAUACCAGAUAGCGAACAGGGAUCGUGGGAGAACGGUUUAUCGUACGAGUGUCGUUCGUUGCUGUUCAAGGCGUUGCAUAACCUGAUAGAGCGAUGCCUGCUAUCACGCGACUUCAUCCGUCUGGGCAAGUGGUUUGUACAGCCGUGCGAGGGACCCUCAAGACGUUCGCAAGAGAUGGGAGGCUCCACCCAUCUGUCGUUCUCGUUCACGUUCUUCGUGCACGGCGAACGGUCGGUCUGCGCAAGCGUGGACGUCAGACAGCAUCCGCCGGUGAGGAGGUUGUCCCGCACCCACAUGUUGCAAGCGAAUUCUUCCACUUCCGGACUCAAAGUAAUUUUGGCGCCGUUUGGUUUGGCUGGAACCUUAACUGGUCAAAGUUUCAAGUCGCCAGAAGUGUGUUCCCGUCUCUUGGAAGAUUGGAGUCAAUUUUAUCCGUUGGACAAGUCCAGCAGUUUGACCGACAGCAGCGUCGUUGAGGUUGUGGUUGAUGGCGUCAAGAUGCGCUACCCUUCAUGCUAUGUACUGGUCACCGAUUUGGACGACAACGUCAACAGUACUAUCCUCAACAAUGCUGGACUUGGAGGCAGUUCACCGAUUGAACGUGGAAUGAAAAAUGGAACCAAUUCGCCAGUUAUGAUUCAAACGCCGCCUCCCUCGCCCAUCCAGAUCAGCAGCAAGGUGCCACAACCCGGUCCCUAUUCAGUCUCGGUAGAACACCUGGCGUCGAUGUCGCGCGAAGCUACGGCGGCGACGGUACUACCGGAACGGGCGUGGCAAGAAUGCGUCACGGGAGGAGCCCAAUCCAGCGUAGUGCAGACCGCUCCUGUACCCCCGACAGCCGCAUCCACCCCAGGGGGAGGAGUUACGACGACGAACCCGCCCCAUACUGGUGGGAAUCCGGCGCCGACGGAGUUCACCGGCAACUGGGACUUUGUGGAUCCGUCCCGACGGGCUACAUGCACGUGUUCCAAGCACAGAAAGACGGUCCCAUGUCCGGCGCUUCUAUCGACCAGUGCGGCGACAUUGCCUAUGUCCAGCAAAUGGCGCGACUCCGCAACGCUAGGCGGCAAGGGCCCCAGGGGCUUGGGAUCGGGGAGCGGCCGGGUACCCUUCCACAGACGCUCCCCGGCGCCUCCCCCAGUCGCGGCGCCGCCCGCCCCAUCGCCCACGAUGGACAGAUUUACUGGAUCAUACACACCGCAGGGCGGGCCACCCUCUUAUCCGCGAACCCAAGAAUCCAUGGCAAUACCGUCAGUCGGCAGUCCCGCAUCAGUAGCACCAUCUCCGCUGCCCAAUCCGAACUCGCAGCCGGCUUCGGUGCCGCCAAUCGACCACGCAAUGCCAACGCUCAGUCCUCACGCACCGGUUACGUGCACUUCACCAGCAGACAAGACUCAUACGCCAGAUGAGCCGCCUAAGAGCAUAGACAGCCCGAGGACCAACAGUCCAGCCGGUACGGCUGAUAUCAAGGAAGAAGUUUCAGCUAACGUUGCCAGUGUUCCGACUCUCAAGAGACCGAUACUGAGCAGCCGGGAGUACGAGGUGAUGCUGUGUGAAGAGGAGGAAACCCUCGAAAUGCUCUACGACUAUUCCACUCUCAAUGCAUGGUUGAACCAUCCCGUAAAGAAAUUCAAACCUGACACUAGAGAGAACAUGCGAAAUCGUCUGGGGAAAACGGAUCUCUACUCGUAUCACAAUUCUUUGUCGUCGAAUUUUAGCAACGACAUAUCGGGCAUGAAAAAUUCUCAAGUCACCAUCAAGCAAGAGAUUAAGCAAGAAAACAUGAGCAUGGAUACGGAACAAAUGGUGCAAGGUCAACCGCCACAUCCGCACGGUGUUAAACGACCCGGCGACCCUUACGAAUUUGACGAAGAGGGUGGAGGUCCCAACUGCAACAUGGACGGAUUCAAGAGAGGGCAAGUGCCUAUAAAAGAAGAACCGAAAGACAAGAAAGGCGCCGCCGAAAAUCUGUUCACUAGUGAAGGCAUUCAACCUUCCAUCAAAGACUUAGAUCAAAUAUUCGACAAUUCGGACGACACCAGCAGUGACGAAGCAAUGCAAACGCAAACACCGCCCGGUUCUACGCCUGUAAAUCACCACGACGACGGUAAACGAUUGUCUGGUUAUGGAAACUGUCAAAACAUGGGCAUUGUGCGGGCGGAAGAGCUUAUUAAAAUGUUUCCGACGCCACCCAGUUUGGAGCACAAUCCUAUCGCUUCGCCCUGUGGCCAGACUGAUCUCAUUAUGUCCACCUUCGAAUCUGAACUGGGCAUUAUCAAGAUCAAACAGGAGAUUUAUCCCAAUAUGGGCAGUCCACAAGAAGAAAAUAUCGAAGAUUGGAGUUACGUGUACAAAGCGCCUCAAGUAUAUCGUAUCGUGGGCUCCAGUAAAUACGCACCUCUGACCAACUUGCCGAGUCAGUCGUUGCCGCCAGUCACUACACCGUCGCAAUGCAUCUAUAAGCCCUCCUGGAUGCAACAUCACGCCGAAAAAACGGCUGCGUCGCAACAGCAGCAGCAGACCGGCUCGUCGAACGCCACUGGCAGUCAACCAGGCGGCGGCACCGCUCCUCACACACCCGGAAGCGCCGUCCCUCAAAACCAGCCACCGACGCCACUCCAACCAGGUACGAACGUAUUCGAAUAUCCAAAAUUUAUGUUCUAUUUCGUUACUAAUCGUUCAUUGAUAGUAGGAACUCCGUCUGCGCCGAAUCCAUUCCCGCCCAGUCCCUCGAUCCAUGGCGCACCAACACAGGGCAGUGGAGGCGGCUCGUUCCGCCUUCCCCCACCGCCUUACGAGAUGCCAUCACCCACCACCUCCACGGCCAGCUCGUACUUGAACAAGAAUCUGAACAGUGUGGAAGCGGCGCCCACGCCGACCGCCACUCACCGCACGCCGGAGGCCAGUUCUCUGGUUCUCAACAUUCUUCUCACCGACACCGCAUUCAACAUCUUCCGCGACCACAAUUUCGACAGUUGCACGCUUUGCGUCUGUGACGCCGCCGGAAAAGUGGUCGGCAAUAUUCGCGGAGCGGACUCGGGGAUUUAUCUUCUGAACUCGACUGCCGACAAGAUGCAUGCUGCGGCGCGAUCGACCAGUCCCUUUGGACACGGUCACGGGAUGGGCCAGCAACCGCCGCCCUACGGUAGCAUGUUGUCGCCGCAACACCAUCACGGCGGUGACGAAGAUCCCAUUCGAUGUAGCUGUGGUUUCUCGGCUGUCGUUAAUCGACAAUUGGCUCACGGUAGUGGCUUGUUUUACGAAGACGAAAUGGAAAUUACUGGAAUCGCCGAAGACCCAGGUGAGAAAAAGAAGCCGUCUUUGCUGUCCUUCCUCAUGAACAAUAAUUCGAUCAAGAUGGACGCGAGUUCACUAGACCGAGAACAAUUAGAUAACAUACCGCACAGUCUGUUGGAACUUGUCCGGGAACAGUGUGUUAUCGUACCGAAUUCUGCUAAUUCUUUAUACAGGGCGGCAAGAUACGUACGAACGAAAGUCGGUGUCUACAGCAACACUAUAAAUAUGCUAGAGUUCUCAGAUAGUAAUGAGGUGACAUCGAUAGCUCUCGAACAAAGCCGACACGCCAUGGACGCGAUGGGAAUGAGCAAGAUCGAGGAUACCGGUCAUAAGUCGAAGAGUCGUAGUGUUGGCGUGCAUAGAUGGCCAUAUCUUAGAGCGUCCGGACCACAGUGCAACCAAGACAUCGUCCGCGUUAUGAAAUCGUUGCAGCCUUUGCUACAAGAGGCGAUUCAAAAGAAAUGUCAAACUAGAUUGUGGGAGGCCCCGUCCGCAGUUAAAGGUCCACUUACGUGGCGACAGUUCCACCGUUUGGCCGGUCGCGGUACCGACGAUCGAUGCGAGCCACAACCCAUACCCUCUGUGAUCGUCGGCCACGACAAAGACUGGCUGUCACUGUCUCCCUAUGCGCUCCAACACUGGGAGACACUUCUGUUAGAACCGUAUUCUUAUGCCAGAGACGUGGCUUAUGUUGUGGUUGCACCUGACAACGAUGCAAUUUUACCGAGAGUUCGAACAUUCUUCAAAGAGUUGAGCACCGCAUACGAGAUGUGCAAACUCGGCCGCCACAGUCCCAUCACGAAAGUUUUGAGGGAUGGCAUUUUGAGAGUUGGCAAGACCGCCAAAUCAAAAAUUGGAAACGAACCAGUUGAAGAAUGGUUUACGUUGUUGGGCGAAGGAGAGACCAGUGACAUGUUAAAAUUAUAUGCUCAGGUUUGCAAACAUCAUCUUGCGCCGCAUUUACAACAAGUACCGAUGGAUAAAACUCUCCUCGACCCACCGAAGGAAAUUGACGAUAAGCCUACGCCUAGUCCAAUGCCACCUCCGAACACUCCAGACAAUAGUGGUACGUCCCAAUCCAUUAAUCCUGACAGAGCCCCAUCGACACCAAAAAGUGAAAUGGAUGAACAACAAUCGACAAAGGACUCAACACCAACCACGAACGUGCCUGAAACUUCUCAUGAUGACGACGAUAGAGAAACGCCUUCUAUUGUAGUUUAUUUGGUGGAACCUUUCACCUUUGGUUCCGACCAGCCCGAACUACAGAGACUCGCCUGUCUUGCUUUGCUCAGAUGUUUCCAAUCUGUGUCGUCGUCUUUACCCGAGAAUGUUCGUAACAACAUUACUGUGCAGAUUAUAUCGUUGGAGAGUAUAGUGGAAUUGAAUAAGUCAAGAGAUCAGAUUAGACACAGCGAUCACAUGCGUGCGCUAGCUUUAAAUAUUUUCUCACAGUGCAGACGAUUGUUGGUGCAUUCGAACAACGUGAAAUCUCUUACCGGAUUCGGGACGGCAGCCAUGGCGGAUCUUUUCCUCAAAAACAAAGAUGAAAAGAAUCGUGCCGCAUUCAAGAUGUACACGCCUCCAUACAUUCUCGCACCAAUGCGGGAAAAGGUGGAGGCAGCCGAAGCGUUCGGUAAAGGAGCGCUGGAUCAAGGCGCCGUCUUAUACUUAAGCUACUGUUUAUCUGAAGAUCAGAGCUGGCUUUUGGCCGUGGCGACCGACGAACGGGGCGAAAUAUUCGAAACCAUAACCAUCAACAUCGACAUCCCGAACAGAAGCAGAAGGAAAAAGGCUUCAGCCAGAAGAAUAGGCCUUGAGAAGUUAAUGAACUUCAUAUUGGGAGUGAUGUCGCAGAGCGUCAGGCCGUGGCGAUUGGUCGUAGGCAGGUUAGGCAGAAUAGGUCACGGUGAACUGAAGGGUUGGAGUUGGUUGUUGAGUAAGCAAAAUCUACUGAAGGCUUCCAAGAACCUGAAGGAGAUAUGCAACCAGUGUUCUAUCAUGUAUCCCAACUCAGUUCCUUGCAUACUAAGUGCUUGUUUAGUAAGCAUGGAACCAGAUUCUGCCUUGAGGCUCAUGCCUGACCAAUUUACACCAGAUGAAAGGUUCAGUCAAAUGUCGGUGAACUCCCAACUGCAAACACCGCAAGAUGUAAGUUGCACCCAUAUCUUGGUGUUCCCGACUAGCGCGACGACCCAAUCGUCGCAGACGGCCUUCCAAGAGACGCAUAUCACGGCAGAAAUGGACGAUUACGAGAUACUGAGGGCGCUGAACGAUGACGACAUGCCCGACGGCAUCGAUGGCAUGAACGAGUUCCUCGGUAACGAUAUCUUCUGGGGCGGUCAAAGUCCUACUGGUGAAGAUCGCCGCGAAGAAGGUGGCCCAGGAAGUCCGACUUGCGGUCCCAGUAGUGGCCGUCAAGGGUCACCGUUCGCGGGCGGACCGAAUUCUAAAGGAGUGGAACCACUGGAGGAGGUCGGCACCGUGCUCCAACAGCCAUUGGCCCUUGGUUAUCUCGUCUCGACCGCCCCCACCGGUCGCAUGCCGAGAUGGUUCUGGUCGGCGUGCCCGCACCUGGAGGGUAACUGCCCCGCUUUCCUGAAGAACGCGCUCCACCUGCACAGUCCGAACGUGCAACAGAACUCGGACGAUCCGUUUCAGCAGUCCGCGACGGUCACGUCACAUCAACUGGAUUCGCAGUUCACCACCGAUGUUUUAAGAUACGUUCUGGAGGGUUACAAUGCGCUCUCUUGGUUGGCGCUCGAUUCGAAUACGAAAGACCGUUUGUCAUGUCUGCCCGUUCACAUGCAGGUGCUCGUACAGCUCUACCACACGGCGGCCGCUCUCUUGUAAUGAAGCCACUGAAUUAACCAACAAAACAAUAUUGCGUGUUACAAACACAAUGGAUUGUGUGUAAAAUGUAAAAUUAUUGUUUUUAUACUUACUGGUUGUUUGUUGAUCAAACUCCGAUUUUUGUUGUUUUAUUUAUCUAUAUAUAUAACUUUAAAUUUUCUUUGUCAAAAAUUAAAUUUUAUUAACACCA